UCGGAACUCCUGUCCCUGCCUGCACCAUGUCUCACUCCUGCGUGCUGCCCAGCCUCAGCUGCCGCACCAGCUGCUCCUCCCGGCCCUGCGUGCCCCCCAGCUGCCACAGCUGCACCCUGCCUGGGGCCUGCAACAUCCCCGCCAACGUGGGCAACUGUAACUGGUUCUGCGAGGGCUCCUUCAAUGGCAGCGAGAAGGAGACCAUGCAGUUCCUGAAUGACCGCCUGGCCAGCUACCUGGAGAAGGUGCGGCAGCUGGAGCGGGAGAACGCGGAGCUGGAGAGCCGCAUCCAGGAGCGCUGCCAGGAGCAGGAUCCCUUGGUGUGCGCCAACUACCAGUCCUACUUCCGCACCAUUGAGGAGCUCCAGCAGAAGAUCCUGUGUAGCAAGUCUGAGAACGCCAGGUUGUUGGUCCAGAUUGACAAUGCCAAGCUGGCUGCUGAUGACUUCAGGACCAAGUAUCAGACGGAGCUGUCCCUGCGGCAGCUGGUGGAAUCUGACAUCAACAGCCUUCGCAGGAUCCUGGAUGAGCUGACCUUGUGCAGGUCUGAUCUGGAGGCCCAGGUGGAAUCCCUGAGGGAGGAGCUGCUCUGCCUCAAGCAGAACCAUGAGCAGGAAGUCAACACUCUGCGCUGCCAGCUUGGAGACCGCCUCAACGUGGAGGUGGACGCUGCCCCCACCGUGGACCUGAACCAGGUUCUAAAUGAGACCAGGUGUCAGUACGAGGCCCUGGUGGACACCAACCGCAGGGAAGUGGAGGAAUGGUUCACCAGGCAGACCGAGGAGCUAAACAAGCAGGUGGUGUCCAGCUCAGAGCAGCUGCAGUCCUGCCAGGCGGAGAUCAUCGAGCUGAGACGCACAGUCAACGCCCUGGAGAUCGAGCUGCAGGCCCAGCACAACCUGAGAAACUCCCUGGAAAACACGCUGACAGAAAGUGAGGCCCGCUACAGCUCCCAGCUGGCCCAGGUGCAGUGCAUGGUGACCAACGUGGAGGCCCAGUUGGCGGAGAUCCGCUGUGACCUGGAACGGCAGAACCAGGAGUACCAGGUGCUACUGGACGUGCGUGCCCGGCUGGAGUGUGAGAUCGAGACGUACCGGGGCCUGCUGGAGACCGAGGACUGCAAGCUUCCCUGCAACCCCUGUGCCACAACCAAUGCAUGUGACAAGCCUAUCGGACCCUGCGUCACCAAUCCCUGUGGGCCUCGUCCCCGCUGUGGGCCCUGUAACACCUUUGUGUGCUAGAUACCUGUCAGCCGGCAGGAGGUCAGCACGGAGGCAGAAAUACUGUCAGUGGACCCGCUCUGCUCUCUCAUAGCCGUCACUGUGGAUCCCACCCCAAGGCAUCAAUCCUGGUCUGGAAGGAGAAUCGAUGGCCAGCCUGGUGGCCUGGCUCUGAGCCCUGGCCCACCUGAUCCUCUGCAGCCAAGGAGUCAGUCUGUGCUCUGAUGGUCUGAGGGCUUUGAGCUAUGAGGGUGUCACAUGAGGUGUUUUGUGGGUCUCUCUGCGGCUGUUUCUUUUCUUGUAGUUCCCCAAAUCUCCUAAUAAACUUUCCUCUUGC